AUGGAUUACCUCCUGAAAUACCUCCAGGAACUGGUGCUCCCGCUGCCGCGCCUCGCCGCCUCGCCCGAGGCCCCGCCGGCGGCCUUCGACGCGGCGCCGCCGCUUGCCAAUAUCUGGCCGCCGCCGGCGGACGAGCCCGUCGGCGCGCCGCCGCCGCGCACCGAGCCGAAGACGCCGUCGGCGGCCGUCGCCAACAAGGGCGCGACGCCUCGUGCGUCCGUCGUCUCGCCCGACUUCUCGCUCGCGGCGCUCGAGAAGCCCGGGCGGCCCAAGACGACGCCGUCGAAGAUCACGGACGCGCACCUCCAGCGCUGGGGCGCCGACUCGGAGGACUCGGAGCUCGAGACGCCCGGGCCCUGCUCCGCCGUUUCCAGGAAGCCGACGACGCUCGCGAAGAUCCUCGAGGACGACGACACGCCCGCGCCGGCGCUCGGCGACGCGCCGCGGCGCCCGCUCCGCGCCCACGCCAUCACGCAGAAGCACCUCACGAACUGGGGGGAGAGCGACUCGGAGUCGGAGGUCGGCGACUCCGCGUCGGAGGCGGGCACGCCGGCGAAGGUCGCGCGGCCGCGCGGCGCCAAGCCCAAGCUCGCCUUCGCGGACCUCAAGAACGACGCAGCCCCGACGGAGCGUCUAGCCAUGGGCGUCGCCCAGUCGUCGGAGGUGAGCAGCCUCGCGGGCUACGCGAGCGUCCAGGUCGCCGUGGAGAAGUCCCUCUACGGCGCCGGCGAGACCGUGCGCGGCUACGCCCAGCUCGCCGUCCAGCAGCCGACGAAGAUGUCGUCGGUCACGGUCCAGCUCGUCGGCGAGGCCAAGACGACGGUGCACUACACGACGCACUCGGGCAGCGGCAAGAAGCGCAAGACGCACCACCACACCGCGCGCGAGACCGCGCCCGUCGUCGCGCUCGAGGCCCGCGUCGCCGACUUCCCGUCCGGGUCCGCGCCCGCGGGCACGUGGCAGUGCCCCUUCGAGUUCGUGCUGCCCCUCGACGCGCCGUCGUCCAUGGCGCGGCACGGCGCGGGCCGCAACACGGCGUCGCUGGCCUACUACGCGGGCGUCGUCGUGUCCCGGCCGGGCUGGACGCGGAGCAAUUUGGUGCACCGCGUCAUGAUCGACGUCGUCGCCGCGCCGCCGGCCCUCGUCGCGCCGCCGCGCCGGGACGAGGCCGUCAAGGUGACGCGCUGCUGCUGCAUCCCCGCGGGCGACAUGACCCUCGGCGCGCGACCGUCGAAGAACGCCUACGUCGGCGGCGAACGGCCCGAGGUGCUCUACGCGGUCGACAACGCGUCGACGCAGGUCGUGGAGCGGGUUUCGGUGACUCUCUACCAGAACAUCCGCUUCAACGCCGGCACCCACGGCCACUUCUUUCGCUCCGUCGUCGCGAGCGUCGUCGGGCCCCCCGUCGCGAUAAACGACCGCUUCGGCUUCGAGGGCGGCGCGCCCGCGCGGUCCGCGGAAAUCCAGCUGCCGCCGACGUUCUCCGCGUUCUCGCUGCGCACGCGGACCAUCGAGGUGACGCACCAGAUCGUCGUCCAGAGCAAGACGGAGAGCUGCUUCGUGAAGGACCCCUACAUCGCGCUCGACACGUGGCUCUACCGCGCGACGCCGCUGCCCUACGCGGUCCCCCUCGACGAGGGCGAGGCGCCAUCGAUACCCACCGCCGUCCCCAUCGCCUACGCGCCCAACGCGUCCCUCGCGCUCCCGGGCGCGCCGGCCUGCCCGACGGCCGUCCCGAUCGACACGACCGGCGACGGCGUCGCCGACUCGUGGGGCUGGGACACGAGCGGCGACGGCCGGGUCGACAAGGUCCAGGCCAUGACGUGA